GUCUCUGAGUAUUUUCUCCAACUGCUUGAAGAAGGAUUGGAACACAGAGUGGCUGACUAGUGAGAUGAAGCGCAAUGGAGUUGAGGCAGAUUGCCGCCGCCAAGAGCUGAUGGUCGCGGUUAACAAGCGCCCUGAGGACGGCGACUGGGAUAGAUGGUUUGGUACACGAUUAGCUCAGUCGGAAGGUCUUGUUAACCUAUGGAGCCGAAUUAAGGACCAUGCGAAGGCUUCUAUUGACAGUCGGGCUGAACACGAGAAAAAUGUGGCGACUAAAUGCGACGGGAUGGUUCGGUCAUCGACAAGCUCGUCUCAGAAGGCGGCUUCCAUGAUGAGCUCUCAAAAGAAUGCUCAGACUCGUGAUGCUAGCGGGCUGGCUAAUCAAGAGAAGAGAGUUGAUGAGCAAAUGCAGGCAAUGAUGGCUGACAGGAAGGAGGUCGAUGCUCGCAUUGCCGCCCUUGAGGCUAAGAAGCGAUCGUUGAAGUUGCAACUGGACAAGCUCUCAGAGGAGCUGGUGGAGGCUCAGAGGCAGCAAGUGUUGUGCAUGCAGCGCGAGGAAAGUGUCAGAAAG